AUGAAUGAUGAAAAUAUAAAUAACUUAAUACAAAAAAUUGGUCAUAACAUAAAUGAUAUUAGAGAUAGGUCUAUGAUAAUGCUCAUACAAAAAUAUGAAAAGAAUAUAAUCAAAGAUAUAGAUUUAAAAAAAAGAAAUUAUUUUUUUUAUAUGAUUCUUCAUUAUAUCAAUGACAGAAACGCAUUUAUAUCUUUAAAAAAUUUGAGGGAUAUAUUGUUAUUUUUAAGAUGUAUUAUAAAGGAUGAAGAUAUUAAAAAAAAAUUCGAACAUUUGGAUAUAAACAAGUUUAUUAAUGAAUUUCUAGUUCACUUUAAAAACAAUGAAGAAAAAUACAAAUCCAAUAAUUAUAUUCAGAGUAGGAAAAAUAUACCAAAUGAUAAUAUGGUAUCAUCAAAAGAUGAUAAGGAUAUUGAAAAAAGUAGUCAUCAGUAUUCUAUAGAAGAUAGUCAUAAGGAAUAUACUCAAGUGGUUCAUAUUUUGAAUGAACUCAAUAAUAUAUAUAAUAAUCUCACCAAUACAGGUAAUACAAUUGAUGGUGAUCAGCAACUCGAAAGGAAUAAAGAAGAUCAGAAUGAUAGUAUACAUCUAGCUAAUAUGACUAAUAACCCUAAUAAUAUUCUUUUAGCAUAUGAUACACGUGAUGUGAUCCAACAAGAUUAUCAAACUCAUAAUGCAAUCAUUUAUAAUAACAAACAGGAUAUAGAAGAAUACACAUCAAAAGAUAAGAUGUCAAAAAGUAGUACAUCAAAUAUCGAUAGUUAUGAUACAACCCAUAGGGGAAAUGAUCAAAAUAAUAAUAUAGAAAAAAAAAUGAAUAAUAUAUCCAAUGGAAGUGAUUAUACAAAUUCAUCCAGGACUUUUAAAAUAAAUCCAAUGGAUGAAAAAGAUAUAGAAAAUAUUAAUCAAAUAAUGAAAAAAAAUAAUUAUAUUAAUAUAUUUACAAAAAAUAAUUAUUUAUGUCCUGAUGAUUUUGAAUAUUAUAAUACUUUAUAUAUUCUUAAAAAUCAAAUAUACCAAUAUAGUAUUCAUUUAUUAUUUAAUUAUAAAAAAUAUAAAACAAAUAAAAUAAAAGCAGAUAACUCUUUGUUAUAUACAAUGAAACAAGAGACAGAACAAAAUAUCUAUGAAGAUAUGGAACGUAUAAAUAAUAGAUAUAUAUUUUCCUACUUAUAUAAUUUUUUUGACACCUUUGAAAUGUUUAAAAAAAAUUUCUUAGACAUAAAUAAUAUAAGGAAUGAUGAUAAUAAUAUUCUUCUGGAUAAUACUGUAGAUAAAUAUAAAAGAAACGAUAAAUUAACAAAUAAUAAUAAUUCAAUAAUAAAAGAGACAAGUAAUAAUUCUGUAGAUGUAUCAUGCACAGGUAUGGAAAAAAAUAAAAAUAAUAAUAAUAAUAAUAAUAAUAAUAAUAAUAAUAGUAAUAAUAAUAAAAAUAAUAAUAGUAAUAAUAAUAAUCAUAUUCAUUCUAAAAAUAUAUUCAGUUAUCCAACUACAGAGGAGAAAUAUAAAAAUAUAAAUAUAUAUUUAUAUAAUAAAAAUAUAAAUACAUAUUUAUAUAAUAAAAAUAUAAAUACAUAUUUAUAUAAUAAAAAUAUAUAUUACAAAAUUAACAAUUUUACCCAUAAGAUAAAUAUCCUUUGUUAUCACACACAAAUGAAAUACAAUUAUAUGGAAUUUCUAGGUAUGAAUAUUAUAAAAAAAAAAAUUAGUGUUGAUGAUUUUAUAUAUAUGCAUAAAGAGAUACAUAAAAUAUUAAAUGAAUACAUAUAUAUAUUUAAUAAAGAUUUAUUUUUAUUUAAUUACAAAUUUUUAUAUACACUUUCAUAUAAUAUACAUUAUAUAUAUAAAAAUUAUAUAGAAAAUAAAAAUAAUAUAACCAAUGAUUUUUAUCAUAUUCAUAACAUUUUAAACAACUUAUCAUAUAUCAUAUAUAUUAUAGUAUAUAGUAUAUAUAUUAAUAUAAAUAAAGGAUGUCUUUGUAAUAGUAUAUGUAAUAUAUAUUUAAAUAAUUUUUUUUUUCUACUUUUACAAAAUUUAUUUUAUCUUUUAUUACUUUUUAAUAAUAAUAAUAAUAAUAAUAAUUAUAAUUAUAAUAAUAUUAUAAAAAGUGAUGAACAUAAUUAUUUCAAUUUUAUAUCAUCCAAUCAAGAUGAGAACCAAAAUGAUAUAUCUAAAUUUUUCAAAACAAAAGAAAAACAAAAUAUAAUUUUAUUAAAUAAUAUUAACAAUUUCUAUUUUAAUAAAUUAAAAAAAAAAGUAAAAGGUAAAGAUUAUCAUGAUGCAAAUAUGAUUAUUUAUCCAAACGAUAUAUAUCAAUAUUUAUUUGUAACAAAAAAUAGUUGCAUAUAUUUUUUUAAGUUCAUCAUUUUUUAUAUAUUAGAAAUAUUAAAAAAUAGUUAUUUCAAAAUACAUCUUCUACGUAAAGAUUGCUCUACAUUAAAUUUCCCUCUAGACAAUUUUAUAAUUAUAUAUGAUUUCUUGUAUAAUAUAUUAAUUCAUUAUUUUAAUGAUAAUAAAAAAAUAAUUGAUCAACAUUUUCAAGUCUUUUUAAAUUAUAUUCAGGAAAUACAUAUGUAUGACAAAAUAAAUAUUCAAAAUGAAAAUCAUAACAAUGAUAUUGUGUAUAAUAAUAAUAAUAAUAUAAAUAGGAUAAAUAAAAAAAAUCACAAUUUUAAAGAAAUAUUAAAAAAAGAUUAUCACAUAAAAAAUUAUCCAUCUGAUGAAUAUUACUCAAAUGUACAUAAACCUUCAUUACAUAUACACAAUUUAUCAUAUCAUUCAUCAGAUGUAUCAAAAAAUAGUGGGUCAUCAAAUGAUUCCUAUUCAUAUACUGAUUCAGGAAAAGAAAUGAAUAGAUUUUCUACUAUUAAUUUCUUUUCUGAUAAAUCUAAUAUUUACAAAUAUACAUAUAAAUAUAGUAAAAAACAAAUAGAAAUAUUAAAAAUAUUAUGUAUAUUUAUUAAUUAUACUCCUGUAUCUUUUAUAUUAAUGAAAAAAAUAAAUAUAAAAAUAGUACAUCUUCUUAAAUCAUUCUUAUUUGAUAUUACCUUGAAUAUAUAUAAUAAUGAGCUUUUGUACUUUUUGAAAAUUUUUUUUUUUUUCUACGAUAAUGAAGUGUAUAACAAGUAUAAUGAUUUAUUAUCAUAUUAUUAUGUAUUAGUUAAUAUGUUUUUUAUAGAUAUGGGUAAUGAUUCUAUGGACUAUGAUAAAACAUAUGACACCACAAAUUAUUAUAAUGAAAGUAAUAAGAAUGAUAGUAAUUAUAUUAAUAAUAAUAUUGAUGAGGGGGAAAAAAUAAAUUAUCACAUACAAAAUUACAACAUGGACACUUUUAAUACACAUAAUAAUUCAAAUAAUAACAGCGAAUCAGAUAUAUUCACUUUUCUCAAUAUUUAUAAUAAUAUAUUUCAUUUCUUUUUCUUUUUACCUACCAACUAUUUUACCUUGAAUAAUUUCGUUGAUAAAUAUUUCAGCACACUUGAUGAAGAGGGAAAUAUCGAACAAAUGAGCAACACACCUAUGUUUACUAAUCAUGACGAAAAAUGUGUAAAAAAUAAAAUAGAUGAUAUAAAUGGUAUAAAUUGUGUAGAUCAUACAAAUCUUACAAAUCAUAUAAAUAAAUCACAUAUCAUAAACAAUUCCAAUAGUAUAUACAACUUUAAUAGUUCCUUAUAUCCAUUUUAUAGAUUUAAUAAUGAUAAUAAUAAAAAUGCUAAAGAAAUGUAUUGCCAACCCUUUCAUGUUAUAUUAUAUAAAAAAUUAAGACAAAAUAUAAAAUGUCCUGAUAAGAAUAAGGAUUUAAAAAGUGAUGAUAUAAUAAGUGAUGAUAUAAUAAGUGAUGAUAUAAUAAGUGAUGACAUAAUAAGUGAUAAUAAAAAAAAUGAUGAUAUAAAAAAUGCUAUUUCUACAAGAAAAGACUUUGCUAAAUUUUCCAAAAAAUUUAUUCAAAAUAUUAUCAAUGUAUUAAUAGAUAAUAAAUUAAAAGUUUUAUUUAAUAGUUUCCUUUUAUUAUCAUCUGAAUAUAAUUCUUUUACAAAUUAUAUCAAUAUAGACAAUAAUAAAAUAAGUAAUAAUUAUCAAUAUAUAGUUUAUGCCUUAAAGGAUAUUAAUAAAAUGAAUAUAUUAAGAAUAAAUAAUCAUUUUCAAUAUAUUAAUUAUAAUAAUAUAACAGAUACAAAAUAUAUCAAAUUGUUUAAGAAUUUUAUUUUACUUUUACAUAAUAUUAUUUCAAUAAUUUAUAGUUACAAUAAUGAACUCAUUUAUUUCUUUUUUAAUUUUGUUUUCGAUAUUAAUAACGAGCAAACGAAGCUUUUAUCGAAUGGUGGCAAGGACGAUAAUAAUGAGCAACCUUUAAAUUAUAUAAAGAAUCAUGACAUUUUUUAUGAUGAACAAAAUGAUACAUGUUACAAAAAUGUAUAUCCUUUCGAUCACUCUACAAAUAAAAAUAUAAGUAUAAAAAAUGAUUACAAUGAUAAAAAUGAUGAUGAUGAUGAUGAUGAUAAUAAUGAUCAUAAUAAUAAUGAUCAUAAUAAUAAUAAUAAUAAUACUGGUUAUUGUUCAACUUCAAAUAAAUAUCAUAAGCAAAAUGACAAAAAAAUAUAUAAUAUAUUAAAUUAUCAGCUAAAUGAAGGAAAUAAAUGCACGCAUAUGGAAAAUAUAAAGGAAAUACCAUCAAUUAGUAAAGAUAUAAACAAUUAUAUAAAAAUGGAUCAAAAAUAUGAUAACGAUCAAAAUACAACAAAUAAUUUAUACGAUAUAGAAAAUAAAUUAUCAUAUAAUAUGCAAGAAUCUUCAUCUUCCAAUAUAUUUUUAACGUCUUAUCAAAUAAACGAAUUUAUUGAUAUUAUUUAUGAAAUAUGCAUAUAUAGUAAAAAAAAAGAUAUAAGAGAUUAUUACAUUGGUUAUAUAAUCGAAAAUGUUAGAAAUAAAUUAUCUAAUCUAUUGAAUAAUAUUAAAAAUAUUAAUAUAAUUAAUGAACAAAUAAAUAUUCUAUCUCAUAUUAAAAUGUUUUCUAGAAUUAUGUUGUUUUUAUUUUUUGUUAAAAAAAAAUACAUCAUAUUAUAUGAACAGUGUCUAUACAAUAAUUUGCACUUUUUAUAUGAACAUCAUUUUUAUCCAUCAUUUUUUAAUCAAGAAAAAGGGGAGCAUAUUUCUAUAAAUCAGGAUAUCAUUAAACAGAAGAUAUUCUUUUAUGAGCACAUUUUUUUAAAUAUACACAAUGUUUAUUUCUAUUUGUUUCAAAAAAAAAAGAAAAAAAGAACUUUCUCUCUUAAAAUCUUUUGGAGAGCAUAUCAUAAUUUUAAAAUGAAGUUUAAUAAAGAACAAUUUAUAAAUGAAGAAGAAAAUAUGUCAAAGGAGGUUGAGGAGAGAAAUAACUAUGACAUUAAUUACACAUCAAAGGAUGGAAUAAAUAUAUUCCAUAAUAAUAAUAAUAAUAAUAAUAAUGUAAGGAAUGAUAACGAUAUAGGUGUUACCAAAAAAAAAGAUAAAAGACAAAAUUAUACUAAUAUAUUUAAAUAUUCAAGUGACUGGAAUUAUAAUACAAAUGUAUUAAAUAUUUAUAUAACCGAUUUUUUAAAUAAAGAAUGUAUUUAUGAUGAAAAAAUACUUAUGGAUAUAUUAUCAAAGGUAUGUAUUCAUAGUAAAAAUGAAGAUGGCUCAUUACAACUAUUUAAUUAUAUUAUAAUAUAUAUACUAAGAAAUUGUACUACUUUUCAUAUAUACCAUGAUGAAGAAAAAAAAAAAAAUUACGAAAACUUCCUUCUUCUUAUUUAUAAUAAAGUAUUACAUUUGUAUUUUAAAUUAUUAAAAGAAAUUUUACUUAAAGAACAAACUAAUAUAUAUAAUAUUGAAAUCUUUAUAUAUCUCUUAAAAAUUAUAAUACUCCUACUUAUAACAAAUAAUAGGAGUAGCAAUAUAUGUAAAAAAAUAUAUCAUCACAAAUACUUUUUUUUAUCACACAUAUAUUGUUUCUUUUUUUAUGAUAAUGAAAUUAUAAAAAUAUUGUCUUUUAGUUUAUCUUUUUAUUUAAUAUGUGAUGAAAAAAUAUUACUUUUAUACAAGUAUCGAAUAUUUCUCGAGCCUUAUUUAUUCAUAUCACAUAAAAAUAACUCCAAUAUAUAUAAACAUACAAACAUCGAACAGGACAAAAAGGUAUAUAUGAAUAAACAAGCCGAUUCACAUAUGAUUAAUAUACACAAAUUAUCUGUAGUAAAUGAAAAUUCACAACAUUUUAAAAAUUCUAUAAUCGAAGAAAUAAAUGUUAAUGAUUUAUCUGCAUAUAAGCCCUAUAGUAGCCACAAAAUUGAAGAACAUAUUAUUCAUACUAAUAAUAAAUAUAAUGAAGAUAAUAAAAAUUAUAAAGAAAACAAAUACUUACAUGAUGAUACCUAUAAUUAUAAGAAUGUUAAUUCACAAAUGAAUAUUAUCCAUAAUCUAUAUAAUAUGCAAUAUGUCAAAAAACACGAUGUAACAUUCUUUAACCUCAAUGUAUAUGGAACAUAUAGAAAAAAAAAAAAAAAGAAAAAUAAAAAAGAUUUUGAGGGCAUUGUAAAUAAUGAUAUUCACACUAAUUUGAACAACUCUACACACACAUCAUUUUAUAAUAUAGAAAACAAAAUUGUAUUUUUCGUUCCUUUAUGGUUAUAUAAAAAAUUACAAGGAAAUAAUUUUUUAUUCAUGAUUAAAAAAUUGAAGUCUUUUUUUUUUUUUACCACAAAGUUUAGUUAUUUACACAUGUUUCAUGAUACAACACAAAAUAAAAAAGAAAAGGAAUUAACAUUUUUUAAUGGAAUAUAUGAUAAUAAUAAUUUAUUUAUCUCAUUUUAUUUAUUUAUAAAUAAAUAUUUCUAUUUAUUAUUACAAAAUAUUAAUAAUGAUUCCAAUUCAAAAUCACAUUAUAUGUUAUAUAAUAAUAAAACACAUCCCUUCCAAACUAAUAAUUACAAUACAUACAAAUCAACAUAUCAUAAUAUAAAUUAUGAAGAAAAAAUAUGUACUAAUAAACAUUCUUAUAUGUUUAUAAAUAUAAAGUGUUAUUCUAACAUAAAAGAAAAACAAACAGAACAUAAAUCAAAUAACAUAUCUAACAUAUUAGUACAAAUAAAGGAAUUCCCACCUAUAAACGAUUCAACAUAUGAUAAUAUUAAUUUUGUAUAUAUAUAUAAUUUAAAACGUCUUUUUGAUUUUUUAAAUAUAUCCUAUAUACAGUUCAUAUGUAAAAAUAAAAAAAAUAAUAUACAUGGCGAAUAUGAAGAUGAAAAUUAUUAUUCCGAACAUACAAAAGAUAAUAAUAAUAAUAAUAAUAAUAAUAAUUAUAAAAAUGAAUAUAAUAAUAUAAAAAAUGUAUCUGUAAAUUAUCAAAAAUAUGAUCAAGGACACAAUGAAAAAAAUGAAAAAAGAUAUAUUUAUGAUUUAUUCGACCAAGAUUAUAAUCCCAUAUUAGAAGUCAUAAAUUUUGUAUACACCGAAAUGUUUCCUUACACGAAUAAGCUAACCUUUUUUAUAUAUAAUAAAAUAAUAGAGAUCUAUAAAAAUCAAGAUAAUUAUGAUCAUAAUAACAGUGAAGAUAAUAAUAAUUGUGAAAAAAAUGAAGAUAUCAUUAUACAUAAAUAUAUGAUAUUACUAGAAUAUUUUAUCUGUAUAUUAGAUAUGUGUCUAUAUAUACAUUUAUUAUUAAAACAUAAAGAAAAUAAAAUUUCUAUAUAUAAUAAUAUAAGAAAAUUUAAUUCCCAAAAUAUUGACUUAUGUCUUUUUAUAUAUAAAUUAUUAUAUAUAUCUGUUAAUACAAAUAUUUUAAAAAAUAUUAUUUCUAACUUUUCAUUAAACGUCAUUUAUAAUUUUUUACAAAUUAAUAAAAAUUAUUAUGUCGAAAUGAAAAAUAAUUAUUAUAAGAAUUAUGAUCAUUUUAUAAACAUUGAUUCAACUCCUGAAAAUCAGGAACAAAAUCAAAAUUAUGAAAAUGAUUUAUUAAUAAAAAAUGAAUUAUAUAAAAAGAAAAGAAAUGAACAAUCACAAAUUAAUAUAUCCAUAUUGUUUAAUUUUUUGUUUUUUCUCCUUUCAAAAUAUACUAAAAAUAAAAAGAAGAAAAAAAAUUAUAUAGAUAUCCCAUCAAACCAUUUGAAACAAUAUAAUAAUAAUAAUAAUAAUAAUAUUUACUCAAAUAUAAUUAAUGUGUAUGAACUUGAAAAAGGUAUAGAUAUCGAAAAUGUGACAUUUCAAAACCAUGAAAAAGAAUAUCUUAAAAUAGAUAUAUUCUUCUUAAAAAAUAUUUUAUGUAUGUUACAUGUGUUUUUCACAAGAGGUAUUUAUUUAGAUAUCGAUCUAAUAAAUAAUGAUAUUUCUUAUAUGAACAUAAAUAUUCUUAUUCAACAUCAAUAUAAAAUAUUUCUGUCCAAACAAAAUAUCAAUAUUUUAAAAGAAAAAAUAAAAAAUAAAAAAUGUAAUAAUAAUAAUAAUAAUAAAUAUAACAACGACAAUAAUAAUAAUAUAAACCCCUUUGGUUGUAAUAUUACAUCGUCAAAUCACAAUUUUUAUAGUGAUAACUCUUUUAAUAAUUUAGGAACAAAUCAAAAAUCCAUUAAUCAUCCACAAUAUAUAAAUGAUAUAAAUUAUAUUAACAAUAUUACAAAUAAUGAUAUUAAAUAUUUAGACAUUUUCAAAAAAUGUUUUUUAAAUAAUUAUAUGAAAAUAUUUAUCAACUUUUGUAAUAUCUAUAAUGAUAUAAUUAUUGAAUGUUUAUAUAUACAAUUAUUACUUUUUUUUUUUAAAUAUAUGAUACAAACUUUAUCAUAUGAAAUAUCAAAAGAAUAUACUAAAAACUUUCUUUGUCAUACCAAGAGACACUUAUUGGUUUAUUUUUUGAAAUAUUAUAUAAUCGAUAAACAGGUCUGUAAAUUUUUAAAAAAAAUUUAUUUCAUUAUUUUAAAAUAUGUCAUCUAUAUGCAGAAUAUAAACAUGGAAGAGGUGAGAAGCGAUGAACCGUAUGUAAAUAAAUAUGAUAAAUGUGAUGAAGAGUAUAUAAAGAAAGAGGAUAAAAUUGAACAAAAUAUAAAAAAAAAAAAUAAUACCAACAAUAGUAAUAAAAACAAUAAUAAUAAAAACAAUAAUAACAACAACAAUAAUAACAACAACAACAACAACAACAACAACAACAACAACAACAACAAUAAUAAUAAUAAUAAUUGUAAUAGUUGUAGUUAUGAUAUAAACAAAUAUAAUUAUAUAUUAAAAGACCAAGAUGUAUACAAAAAUUAUUGUAAAUUAUUUUAUGAAUAUACUAUAAAUAAGUAUAGAAAAAUACAAACUUCAUUUACACAAAACAUUAAUAUAAACCCGAAAGAAGAAAAGUAUUAUCAAAAUUUUGAUACACAAAAUAUUUAUUUAAAUAAUAAUAUAUCUUCUCAAACAUUAUAUAAAAAUAUUUUUAAUAAUCAAAAUUGUGUAAAAAGAAAUUCAAGUACCAAUAAAAAUAAUAUUUGUAUGAUUCAUCUAUACUGUCCUAAUUGUGAAGAAAUAAAAAUUUUAUUUUUAUCGAUUAUUAAACUUUUAAGCUUUUCACUUGAUCAUUUCCCCUUUUUUUUUUUCAUCUUAAAAAAUGAUAAAAAAGAAAAUAGUAAUAAUGAAAUAGACAACAAUAUCUGUAAUGAUAAUAUUGUCUUUUUAUGUGAACAAAUAUUUUAUUUUUUAAAUAAAAAAAAUAUUUAUAAAAAUUAUUCAAAAAUGUAUAUCUCAUCAUACUACCAGAAAUAUUUCCUUAAAAUUUUUAUCAAGUUGUUAUAUUGGGAUGAACAACAAACAAUGAAUAACUUACAUAAGUAUGAAAUAUAUAUUUUAAAAAAUAAAAAUCAGCACAAAAUAUAUGAUCCUCAUAAUAACAAUGAUAAUAACCAGACUAAAGGAUUAAACAACUAUACAAAUAUAUGUGAACAAAAAUAUAAUCAUAUAAAAUACAAUAUGGAUAAUAACAUUAAUCAUAUUAAUUAUAAUACAGAUGAUAAUAAGAUCCAUAAUUCAUUUAACAAUCAUCAUGCUGAUAAUUAUAAUAUUAUGAACAAGGUUAAUUAUCAUAUUAGAAAUCAUCAUAACAUGUUUUCUAAAAACUUUACACAAGAUAAUAUAUUUUAUAUAAAUAACUUCCUCAAUUUAAUAUUAAUAAAUAAAUACAAAAAGGAAUAUAAUAUUUUUACUAAAAUUUAUGAUAAAAUUUAUUAUUAUAUAUUAAUUGUAAGCAUAUGUUAUAAAGAUAAAAAUUUUUUAUCUCUUCUACUUUCUAAAUAUGAAUUAUUUUAUGAAGAGUAUAAUGAACUUUUACAGACAUAUUUAAAAUAUGUUAUAAAUAAUAAAAACCUAAUGAAUAUGAAAAAAAUAAAAAAUGAAAAAAUGAUACAUACAUUUUUAUAUAUUCUUAUAUCUUAUAUAUAUAUUUAUUUAAAUGAUUUAUAUAAUAUUUUUUUUACACAAAUAAAAAACUCACUAACUUUGCCCUCUUUCUUUAAUAAUAUAAUUUAUAUAAACUCAAUAGAAAAUAACAAACAAAAACAUUCACCCUAUAACACAACAAAUGAAGAGAUAACAAAUAAUGGAAAGAAUGACAUUAUCAUAAAUAAUUAUUAUACUAUUAUAAUAUAUACAAUGUAUCAAAAUCUGAUAAACAAAAAAAAAAACUGGAACCAAUUCUUGGAUAAUUAUAAUGACGAUAAGAUAAAAAAUGUCGUCAUUAAUAACAUUUUUCAUAAUAAUAUUAUAUAUUUAUUUAUACUUUAUAUUAUAAAUGAUAAUAAAUAUGGUAUAAAACAACAUAGGACAAGUCAUGAACAUGGUCAUUAUUCCUCUAACACAAUAAAAAAAAAUUCUGAUAUAUUAUAUAAAAAGGAACAUAUAAAUAUUCAAAACAAGUUAAGAAAAGAAGAAAAUCAAAAUGAAAAAGAUAGAUAUUGUAUAUAUAACAAUAUACAUAAUGUAGACAACUCAUGUAAUAUCUACAAUACACAUAAUAUACCUAUCACAUAUAAUACACAACAUAAUAAACUAUGUGAAAAUAUGAAUUAUUCUCCUUACGAUUUUAAUAACCAAAAUGUUAUGUAUUCGACUUUGCACAUUGAAGAAAGUAAUAAAACCUUUAUAAAUAAAGUCACAAUAAAUAUUAUAUUAUUUUUCCUUUUAUUCUUUUAUGAUUAUUAUUCUAAUAAUUAUAAAAUCAAAGAAAAUAUAUUAAUACAAAUAUGUAGACACAUCAUAGAGCAUUUUUCCACUUUGUUUAAUCAAGAUUUUAUCAGUAUACAUGAAACGUAUAAAGAACUGAUGAAUUUAAAAAGAGAAAUGAAAAAGAAAACAAAUAUUAUCCAAAAAAAUAACCCCAUAAAAAAUUAUAUGACAAAUCUGAAAAGUAGUAAUGAUAACAAUUUAAUUUUGCACAAAAAAGAAAACCAAUUACAAGAUCAAACAAAUGUUUGUACACGUAAAAAGUUUAGCAAUUAUUUAAAAAGGAAGGACAAAAAAAUUGUAUGUUCUUUUUCAAGGGAUAAGAAUAAAAAAAACGUUCCCUUAAAAACUGAAUUGCAACCCGAAGCAAACGAUACAAAAAAUAAUGAAAAUAUUAAAAAUAAUGUUAAUAUUAUUAAUAGUUCCGAUAAAAAAAAGGAAAAUAUCGAUUACCUUAUAGACAGACAUAUAUUUAUACUUUUCAAUAUAAAGGAAAGGCUUAAGAGAGAUAAAAAACUUUUAUUUUUAUAUACAAUAAAUUCCUUUCGAGUAAUACAAAUAUAUAACAACAUUUCAAAUAUAAUAUUUAAAUAUAAGUAUAUUUGUAUAUUGUUAGGAAAAUUACGUUAUUUUACAAAUCAGGAUAUAUUAAAAUAUAUUUUCCGUUGUAUACAAUAUUAUUGGAGUGAUAAGUUAAAAGAGGAAUAUUGUCAUAGAUCAUUAUUUUUAAAAAAUAAUAUAAAUAAUUUCGAUAUAGAAAUAGGAUAUUUUUCAUAUAUAUAUAUACAUAAUUUUUUUCAUUUUUUAUCUUGUUAUCUAUUAUAUGACAUCAAUACAUUAUAUAAAUUUUGUUCUAAUGAAUUUAAUUGUAUAGAUAUUCUUAAUAAUUAUGUAAAAGAUUUAUUAAAGUUACAAAAGGAACAUGGAACAUAUAUAGGUAUGGUCAUAUUAAACUUUUAUUUAGUUGUUAUGAAUACAUACUUUUUUGACUUUUCAUUUUAUGAAAAGCAUUCACAUUUCAUAAAUCAAGAAACAAAUAAAGAUGAUUCAUUAAAUAAUACAGAUACCAAACUCAAACAAUAUGUAAUGAAUAAUUUCAGAAAUGAUAAAAGAAAAAAAGAUUUAGGGAAAAAUAAUUUACAAAAGUCAAAUGAGCAUAUAACAUAUUACUCUUGUAUUAAAAAAUUAUACAGUCAAUUUAAUAAAUCAAAAUUUUUACAUUUUUUGGUUAACUACAUUAUAAAUAACAUUAACAAUAUAAAUAAUAACCAUAUUAAUGUAAAUAUAUAUGCAGAUGGAAAUAUAAAUAAAAAUAUAAAUCAAAAUAUAAAUAAAAAUAUAAAUCAAUAUAAAAAUAUGAAUAAAAAUACCCACGUUAAUGUUAAUAUUAAUGACAAUGUUAAUUAUAAUGUUAGUCGUUGUAAUAGUCAUGUGAAUAAUUAUGUUCAUGUGAAUAAAAGCAAAAUAGAUAAAGAAAGAGACAUGAACAUUUUGUUUAUAUUAUUACAAUUUAUAAGUUACAAUAUGAUUUUUAUAGAUAAUAAAAAUGAUAUAUAUAAAUUAUCCAAUGUAUUAAUAAAAUUUUUAAAAGACAAAAAAAAAAAAGAAGAAGAAGAUGAUAUAUCAAUAUUAAUUUCUUAUUAUUAUAUUAUUCUUUUCUUCAAUUCUUGUUUUUUAAAUUGUUCAAAUAUCGAUGAACGUUUAAUAAAUCUAUUACUUAAUGUUGAUAAAAAUGAUAAUUUGUGGUUUAAUUUUAUUUUCUUGUCACCCAAACAAAUGAAAAGAAUCCAUAAUCAAAAUAAGAAAGACAUAUUAAUUUUAAUAAAAUUUUCCAUUUUACAUAUGUAUUUAUUAUUGUUAAAAAAUAAAAGCAUUUCUAAAAAAUCUAUAUUAUAUAUAUCAAGUGAUAUCAACAUCUAUUUUGUCUUUAUAUAUAUACUUAAUGAAAUAUAUGAAUACUUUAAAAAUAUAAAUAUAAUGCAAAAUAUCAAAAGGAUCGAACAAGUAAAUAAAAAUAAUAAUAAUAAUAAUAAUAAUAAAAAUAAAAACACACAAAAAAACCAAAACCAAAACAAAAUAAACGAUAUAAAUGUAUCAUCUAUAUAUAAAACUUCUAAUAUAAAUAAUAAUCACAUCAUUAAUCAAGAAAAACUUAUAUAUAAUGAUAAUACAAUAAAAAACAAUUAUUCAAAUAAUAAAUAUAAUUUAUAUCAUACUAAUUAUACAGAACAAUUGAAUGAAAAAGAAAACAAAAAUAUGAAAUAUUUCUAUUUAUAUUGUGAACUCUUAGUUAUAUUAACUCAGAUUAUAAAAAUCUUAAAUAAUAAUGAUUUUAAUAAAUAUAUAACAAUUCAACAUAACAAAGAUAAAGAAACUUUACUUACACAAUUUAAAAACUUAUAUUCAAAAAUAAAAAAAGAAUUAACAUAUAUAAAUCAAUUAAUUAAAUCAAUAAAAUAUACUAUACUUAUACACCCAUUAAUGAUUCAUAUACAUAUAUUACAUCAAUUUUAUUUAUCAAUAUAUAUAAAAGAAUAUUAUUUUUUCCAUAAAUCAUUCUUUAAAUAUGAUAUCUUUAUGAUAGAUUUUGUACAUAUAAUUAAAAAUAAAAGAAAGGCAUUCAUUUAUAAGGAAAAUAAUGAUGAUAAAAAAAAAAAUGAAGAUAAUACCAAAAUUUUGGGAAACCAAAACGAAUACAUAUAUAAUAAUAAAUUAAUUACAAAUAAAAAUGUAUCAAAUGCUAAUAUCCAUUUUCCCAUUAAGUCAGAUAUAUAUGGUGAAGAACAAAAUUGUUAUAAUAAAAAUAUAAACAAUUCUAAUACAACUCGAUGGAAGAAUGAAUUGAAUAAAGAAAAAAUUAAUUUUUAUUUAUUUUUUAAUUCUCCUAAAAAUUAUAAUUUCCAGAUAAAUAAUUUAUGUUCUUCAUUAAUACAAAAUGAAUAUCAUGAUUCUCUUAAUAAAUAUUUUUCCACAAUUUUUCAGCCAUCAAAUGAUGACUCUUCAAGUAGUUUAAAAUAUGAUAAUGAACAAAUAAAGAUAUAUGUUGACUAUAUAUAUGAUGCUGUUAAUUAUGCCUUACAGUUUUUUAACACAAUAUAA